UGGGAUUUUCAAGACGCCGCGCGUCCACAUUUCCCACCGCGCAUCGGCCGCUCCGUCCUGGCAGAGGCAGCGGCGUGGUGCGGGCCACGUGUUGAGCGAGCGCGGCGCUCUCUGCCUUCGUGUUUGCGAGCGCACGUUGCCGCACAGCCAUCGUUGCGACAGGGGCUGGACGUGAGGCGUCUCUUGUUUGUUUGGGGCAACAGCCGCAGCAGCAACAGCAGAAGGGAUGAGCGCCGUGUCCCGUGUUGGUCGCGCUCUGGCCGCUACCCCGGCGCGCGCGCUCGGGACCUCCUCCUCGUCGUCGUCGUCCUCCCACUGGGACGCGAACCGCGAUCGCGACCCGAACCGGACCUGGGACCGGUGGUGCCGAGCGGCGAGGGAAAGUCGCCAGGAUCGCAACCAGAACCGGACCCGGACCAGUUCCCAGUGCCAGAGGCCGAUCUGGGUCGGACAACGCGAUCGCGGGGAUUCCAACUUCGCAUCGGCGUUCAGAUCCGACCGCGACGUUGAUCCGGACCGACAGCCCAACCUGGACCGCAACCGAGAGCUGGACGUGGCCCCCAGCGCGCUCUCCAUGGAGUACGAGGCACGUGCGCGUACAGAGGCCAUCAAGGUGCUGAACCGGCUGCAGACCAAUGCCCAGACACUGGAGCAGACGCGACGCGACCACGGCCGCCAGGCCUCCAACCAGCUGCCCCUGGUGGAGCGCUACCUGCAGCGUUGCCAGAUCAACGUGGGCGACCUCGAUCGGCUAAACGUCAUCCACGUGAGCGGCACCAAGGGCAAGGGAUCCACGUGUGCGUUCACGGAACGGAUUCUGCACAAGUUAGGAUUCAAGACCGGCCUAUACACCUCUCCACAUUUGGUGCAGGUGCGCGAGCGGAUCCGCAUCAAUGGCCAGCCAAUCAGCGAGCAACUCUACACCAAGUACUUCUGGGAAAUCUACAACCGCCUGAACGAGACCAUGGCACGGCCUGCGCACCUCAUCCUUGAUUCUGGGAACCCCAUGCCCGCAUACUUCCGCUUCCUGACCAUUAUGGCCUUCCACGUCUUCUUGCAGGAGAAGGUGGACCUCGCUGUGGUGGAGGUGGGGAUCGGUGGGGCCUUCGACUGCACCAACAUCGUCAGGAAGCCCACGGUUUGUGGAGUCGCCUCGUUGGGCAUGGACCACAUGAGCAUCCUGGGCAACACCAUCGAAAAGAUCGCCUGGCAGAAGGCUGGCAUCUUCAAGCGCGGCGUCCCGGCCUUCACCGUGGAGCAGCCUCCGUCUGCGAUGACCAUCCUGCAGGAGCGCGCGCGCGAGCUCGACUGCCCGCUGCAGGUGUGCCCCCCGCUGAGCGCCUAUGCGGACGACGCCGGCCAUCCCGAUCUGGGCCUCGCCGGCGAGCACCAGCGACUGAACGCGACGCUGGCGCUGCAGCUGAGCCGAGCGUGGCUGCGUCGGUAUCCUGGGCCCGGACUCCGAGCGCCGCCGGCUCCGGCCACCACCCUUGACGAUGGGAGCGAACGGGCACACGAGGAGACGAAGGCGAACGGCAACACGCACUAUGACGCCCACGACUCCGGCUCCUCGCUGCCAACCGCCGACCCCUUCCCCCUGAGCCCAGCGAUGCUACAGGGUUUGAAGGAGACGGAGUGGCCGGGGCGCAGCCAGAUCCUGCGGAGGGGGCCCGUGACUUUCUACCUGGACGGAGCGCACACCGUGCAGAGCGUCGAGGCUUGUAUCAAAUGGUUUCAAAAGAGUGUGCUGGAAGAAGAGGGGACGACAAGGGACCCCGUGGUGCGAGUGUUGCUCUUCAACAUGACCGGCGACAGGGACUCGGCCGCCAUCCUCGGUCUGCUGCAGGCCUGCCAGUUUGAUUGCGCGGUGUUCUGCCCAAACAUCACCAACAUCUCACCGGACAGCUCAGAUCAGGUGAACUACACGGUCACUCCGGAGAGGGUCAUGGCUCAGUGCGCGGCGAACCAGACGGCAUGGGACCAGCUCUGCCGCACCAGGGCGACGCCCUCUCGAGCUGCCGCCUUCUGGGCACCGGAACCCGGCGCGUCCCGCCACGGCGCCGCCGCCCCCGCCCCACGCCCGCUCUCGCGCGCGACCUCCCGCAACCCCGCCAUCCCCUCGUCCGCCGUCUUCCCGUGCAUCUCGGAAGCCCUGCGCUGGAUCGGCUCGGAGUUGGAGCCGGAGCUUCGGCGCGUUCAAGUUCUCAUCACGGGCAGCCUGCACUUGGUCGGAGGCGCGUUAAAAUGUUUAGAGUUCGGCCUCUCCUAAAAUCGCAAGCUCGCAGGAUCGUAAGGAUCGCGGAGUCGUGAUCUUGGUGGUGGUGGUGGCGGCGUACGACCGCUUGUGACCCUUCGCCCCGGUCGGCGGUUGUUGCCCGGUGGUUGCGUCCUGGCGAGGGGUGAUGUCUGGUCGUUGCCCGAGCGAUUUGCUGCCCCACCCCCGCGACCGCUUUGCUGAACUCUUGAGGGUCUUUGCCGUUGCCGCGCUUGGGCUUAAAUUCGCGCUUCAAGGUCGCGGGUUUUUUAACGGAGAGUUCCGUUCGGCUCGAACAUCGCUUUGUGAUCAUGACACGGGGGGCGAUACGAGGUUAGUGGCUGUGCCAGGCUUGUUGUGUGAGCGAUGUUGCAGUUGUAGCCAAGGGGGAACCCUUAAAUAAGUGAUAUUGAGGGGGGCACGGCAUAUGGCUUUGUCCCACUCUCUAAAUAUUGGGAAGGGCAGCUGCGCCCUAUUUUCCCGCGCCUAUAUUUUCAGCUGUUCUGAGCAAAAAACGCACCAACUGUGAUUGUAUAUCCAACAGUGAACCGCUACGACUAUGCCAACCUAAAUCGUUUAUUUUUUGUGGUUUGAUGUAACUGAAAUAUGCAGAAAGAUUGCAGUUCACUCAACCUAAGCCACGAGAUGUCCCAUUGUUUGAAGAUAUUCACCAGAUUCACACGAUGUGCAGUCCGCUAUCCCCGACAUCUCUGUGAUGUUCUGUGGUUCAUUGCCAAUUUUAUCCCAAUUGUGCCAUUGUAUGGCACGAGACAUGAUCUCUUCGGAGCUCUCACAGAGCAGUGUAAAAAUGGCCCACGGAAGUGGAUUUGACAGUUUCUUAUUGGAUCCCUUCGAGUGGACCUCUCUCUGGUCCACGCACGGGAGGGCAGCACUUUACCACCACCCGCCCUGUUCAUCGCGCGAGUCAAGACGAUAUUUUUUUACGAUUUGCAGAGCAAGAAUUUUGCCAAAAUUAGUUCAGCUCUGUGUCAAAUUGUAUGGGUUAUUUGAUACCAUUAAUUGCUAAUGUUGGUUCGCUGGUAUGAUGUGGCUAGAGCCCGUGGUGCCGUGGUGUUUCGUUAUUAAAUCGAUCGACCUACCAGAAUAGGUGGAAUGGGGGGACGGGGAAUACAAACAGAAGUGACCUUUUUUUCCUGAUGGAAUUGUUGCAAUAAAUCACCCUUGUUAUUUA